AUGAAAAUGUUUUGGCACAUUCAAGUCGUAUUUCUGUGGAGACUGUUGGCUUUUCUAUGUACCUUUGCGGAGGUGGAGUUAAAACCUUCCACUACUACCAGAACACACUAUCGCGGGUUGCAAUUAUUUGAUCCAAACGAGAGAAUUUCAAAUCAAAUUAACAGCAGCAGCUUAUUGAGACGGAAUGGUGAUCAAGUGUCCAAAAAUAGAGACAGCAACCAAUGGAAAAGAGAUGAAGAGACUAUUGCCUCGAAGUCACUGAAAACAUUUGCAAAAUUACCAAGGCGUCAACCAGUUAAAAAAGGUAUACCUUCUCUCAGAGCUCAAUCAGUUACAAAGUUCGGACGAUCUAUUAGACCUCAGUCACUUACAAGAUUUGGACGAUCUAUCAGACCUCAAUCAGUUACGAGAUUUAAACGAUCUAUAAGGCUCCAGUCAGUAACAAGAUUUGGACGAUCCAUUAGACCUCAGUCAGUAACAGGGUUUGGACGAUCUAUUAGACCACAAUCAGUAACAAGAUUUCGAAGAUCUAUAAGAUCUCAAUCAGUAACAAGAUUUGGUCGAUCUAUUAGACCACAAUCAGUAACAAGAUUUGGUCGAUCUAUAAAACCUCAAUCAGUAAGAAGAUUUGGUCGGUCUAUAAGACCCCAAUCAGUAACAAGAUUUGGACGAUCUAUUAGACCACAAUCAGUAACAAGAUUUGGACGAUCUAUAAGGCCUCAGUCAGUAACAAGAUUUGGACGAUCUAUUAGACCUCAGUCAGUAACAAGGUUUGGUCGAUCUAUUAGACCACAAUCAGUAACAAGAUUUGGACGAUCUAUAACGCCUCAGUCAGUAACAAGGUUUGGUCAAUCUAUUACACCACAAUCAGUAACAAGAUUUGGACGAUCUAUUAGACCCCAGUCAGUAACAAGAUUUGGACGAUCUAUUAGACCUCAGUCAGUAACAAGAUUUGGACGAUCUAUAAGGCCUCAGUCAGUAACAAGAUUUGGACGAUCUAUUAGACCUCAGUCAGUAACAAGGUUUGGUCGAUCUAUUAGACCACAAUCAGUAACAAGAUUUGGACGAUCUAUUAGACCCCAAUCAGUAACAAGAUUUGGACGAUCUAUUAGACCACAGUCAGUAACAAGAUUUAGACGAUCUAUAAGGCCUCAGUCAGUAACAAGAUUUGGACGAUCUAUUAGACCUCAGUCAGUAACAAGGUUUGGUCGAUCUAUUAGACCACAAUCGGUAACAAGAUUUGGAAGAUCUAUAAGAUCUCAAGCAGUAACAAGAUUUGGUCGUUCUAUAAGACCCCAAUCAGUAACAAGAUUUGGACGGUCUAUUAGACCACAAUCAGUAACAAGAUUUGGACGAUCUAUUAGACCACAAUCAGUAACAAGAUUUGGACGAUCUAUUAGACCACAAUCAGUAACAAGGUUUGGACGAUCUAUUAGACCUCAGUCAGUAACAAGGUUUGGACGAUCUAUUAGACCACAAUCGGUAACAAGAUUUGGACGAUCUAUUAGACCUCAGUCAGUAACAAGGUUUGGACGAUCUAUUAGACCACAAUCAGUAACAAGAUUUAGACGAUCUAUUAGACCCCAAUCAGUAACAAGAUUUGGACGAUCUAUUAGACCACAGUCAGUAACAAGAUUUGGACGAUCUAUAAGGCCUCAGUCAGUAACAAGAUUUGGACGAUCUAUUAGACCUCAGUCAGUAACAAGGUUUGGUCGAUCUAUUAGACCACAAUCAGUAACAAGAUUUGGACGAUCUAUUAGACCCCAAUCAGUAACAAGAUUUGGACGAUCUAUUAGACCACAGUCAGUAACAAGAUUUGGACGAUCUAUAAGGCCUCAGUCAGUAACAAGAUUUGGACGAUCUAUUAGACCUCAGUCAGUAACAAGGUCUGGUCGAUCUAUUAGACCACAAUCGGUAACAAGAUUUGGAAGAUCUAUAAGAUCUCAAGCAGUAACAAGAUUUGGUCGUUCUAUAAGACCCCAAUCAGUAACAAGAUUUGGACGAUCUAUUAGACCACAAUCAGUAACAAGAUUUGGACGAUCUAUUAGACCACAAUCAGUAACAAGAUUUGGACGAUCUAUUAGACCACAAUCAGUAACAAGGUUUGGACGAUCUAUUAGACCUCAGUCAGUAACAAGGUUUGGACGAUCUAUUAGACCACAAUCGGUAACAAGAUUUGGACGAUCUAUUAGACCUCAGUCAGUAACAAGGUUUGGACGAUCUAUUAGACCACAAUCAGUAACAAGAUUUAGACGAUCUAUUAGACCCCAAUCAGUAACAAGAUUUGGACGAUCUAUUAGACCACAGUCAGUAACAAGAUUUGGACGAUCUAUAAGGCCUCAGUCAGUAACAAGAUUUGGACGAUCUAUUAGACCUCAGUCAGUAACAAGGUUUGGACGAUCUAUUAGACCACAAUCAGUAACAAGAUUUGGACGAUCUAUAAGACCCCAAUCAGUAACAAGAUUUGGACGAUCUAUUAGACCACAAUCAGUAACAAGAUUUGGACGAUCUAUUAGACCACAAUCAGUAACAAGGUUUGGACGAUCUAUUAGACCUCAGUCAGUAACAAGGUUUGGACGAUCUAUUAGACCACAAUCAGUAACAAGGUUUGGACGAUCUAUUAGACCUCAGUCAGUAACAAGGUUUGGACGAUCUAUUAGACCACAAUCGGUAACAAGAUUUGGAAGAUCUAUUAGACCUCAGUCAGUAACAAGGUUUGGACGAUCUAUUAGACCACAAUCAGUAACAAGAUUUGGACGAUCUAUUAGACCCCAAUCAGUAACAAGAUUUGGACGAUCUAUUAGACCUCAGUCAGUAACAAGGUCUGGUCGAUCUAUUAGACCACAAUCGGUAACAAGAUUUGGAAGAUCUAUAAGAUCUCAAGCAGUAACAAGAUUUGGUCGUUCUAUAAGACCCCAAUCAGUAACAAGAUUUGGACGAUCUAUUAGACCCCAAUCAGUAACAAGAUUUGGACGAUCUAUUAGACCACAGUCAGUAACAAGAUUUGGACGAUCUAUAAGACCUCAGUCAGUAACAAGAUUUGGACGAUCUAUUAGACCUCAGUCAGUAACAAGGUUUGGUCGAUCUAUUAGACCACAAUCGGUAACAAGAUUUGGAAGAUCUAUAAGAUCUCAAGCAGUAACAAGAUUUGGUCGUUCUAUAAGACCCCAAUCAGUAACAAGAUUUGGACGAUCUAUUAGACCACAGUCAGUAACAAGAUUUGGACGAUCUAUAAGGCCUCAGUCAGUAACAAGAUUUGGACGAUCUAUUAGACCUCAGUCAGUAACAAGGUCUGGUCGAUCUAUUAGACCACAAUCGGUAACAAGAUUUGGAAGAUCUAUAAGAUCUCAAGCAGUAACAAGAUUUGGUCGUUCUAUAAGACCCCAAUCAGUAACAAGAUUUGGACGAUCUAUUAGACCACAAUCAGUAACAAGAUUUGGACGAUCUAUUAGACCACAAUCAGUAACAAGGUUUGGACGAUCUAUAAGACCCCAAUCAGUAACAAGAUUUGGACGAUCUAUUAGACCACAAUCAGUAACAAGGUUUGGACGAUCUAUUAGACCUCAGUCAGUAACAAGGUUUGGACGAUCUAUUAGACCACAAUCGGUAACAAGAUUUGGACGAUCUAUUAGACCUCAGUCAGUAACAAGGUUUGGACGAUCUAUUAGACCACAAUCAGUAACAAGAUUUGGACGAUCUAUUAGACCCCAAUCAGUAACAAGAUUUGGACGAUCUAUUAGACCACAGUCAGUAACAAGAUUUGGACGAUCUAUAAGGCCUCAGUCAGUAACAAGAUUUGGACGAUCUAUUAGACCUCAGUCAGUAACAAGGUUUGGACGAUCUAUUAGACCACAAUCGGUAAAAAGAUUUGGAAGAUCUAUAAGAUCUCAAGCAGUAACAAGUUUGGUCGUUCUAUAAGACCCCAAUCAGUAACAAGAUUUGGACGAUCUAUUAGACCACAAUCAGUAACAAGGUUUGGACGAUCUAUAAGACCCCAAUCAGUAACAAGAUUUGGACGAUCUGUUAGACCACAAUCAGUAACAAGGUUUGGACGAUCUAUUAGACCUCAGUCAGUAACAAGGUUUGGACGAUCUAUUAGACCACAAUCGGUAACAAGAUUUGGACGAUCUAUUAGACCUGAGUCAGUAACAAGGUUUGGACGAUCUAUUAGACCACAAUCAGUAACAAGAUUUGGACGAUCUAUUAGACCCCAAUCAGUAACAAGAUUUGGACGAUCUAUUAGACCACAGUCAGUAACAAGAUUUGGACGAUCUAUAAGGCCUCAGUCAGUAACAAGAUUUGGACGAUCUAUUAGACCUGAGUCAGUAACAAGGUUUGGACGAUCUAUUAGACCACAAUCGGUAAAAAGAUUUGGAAGAUCUAUAAGAUCUCAAGCAGUAACAAGAUUUGGUCGUUCUAUAAGACCCCAAUCAGUAACAAGAUUUGGACGAUCUAUUAG